AUAAAUAUAUAUAUAUAUAUAUAAAAGACUAAGUACGUAAAAACAGGAAGAAUGAAAGAAAGCAUGCAAGUUAUGUUUCAAAAGGCAAAACCCUUUUUGGCUGUAGUGUUUCUGCAAGCAGGGCUAGCUGGCAUGGAUAUCAUUUCUAAAGCUGCACUUAACGAAGGGAUGAGUAAUUACGUGUUUGUUGUCUAUCGACACGCCGUUGCCACCAUCGUCAUCGCCCCUUUUGCGUUCGCACUCGACACGAAAAUAAGGCCGAAGAUGACUACAUCUAUAUUUGUCAAGAUUAUGCUUAUGAGUCUCUUGGAGCCAGUGAUAGAUCAAAACCUCUACUUCUUGGGGAUGAAGUACACAACGGCGACGUUUGCAGCUGCAAUGGCCAACAUUCUUCCCGCCUUAACGUUCGUUAUCGCAUGCUUCUUCAGGCUCGAGAAGGUUAAAGUAAUGAGCAUUCGUAGCCAAGCCAAAAUAAUCGGCACACUUGCUACCGUCGCGGGAGCCAUGAUAAUGACCUUAGUACAAGGCCCUCAUAUUAACCUACCGUGGACGAGAUCCGGAAUCGACCACGCGCAUCACCACGGAGAAGUAAGCCUCCAUCAUACGAUCAAAGGUGCCAUCAUGAUCACAAUCGGAUGCUUAGCUUGGGCUUGCUUCAUGAUUUUGCAGGCAAUCACACUAAAGACGUAUCCCGCGGAAUUGUCGCUCACCGCGUGGAUAUGCUUGUUAGGAACCGCGGAGGGAGCCGCACUCGCACUAGUGAUGGAGAAGGGGAAUUCGUCGGCUUGGGCGAUUAAAUGGGACACUAAAUUUCUCGCGGCUGCUUAUAGUGGUAUAUUUUGUUCGGGGAUCGCGUACUAUGUCCAAGGAGUCGUAAUGAAAGAACGGGGUCCGGUUUUCGUGACUGCGUUUAGCCCUCUAAGUAUGGUUAUGGUUGCUAUCAUGAGUUCUUUUAUCCUAGCCGAGCAAAUGUUUUUAGGAAGGAUUGUUGGAGCAAUUGUGAUAGUUUUGGGGCUUUAUUUUGUUGUGUGGGGUAAAGCAAAAGACUAUAAAUCGCCAUUGGGUGAAGAUCAAGAAAUAAUGCCUAUAAAGCAAAGCACGCUUUUGAGUGAAAAUAAUAUUGGGAAUGGGUCAAAUUCAAAUUUGGAAGUUGUUACGAGUAUUGUGCCCAACGGAAAAGCUGUUGAAGAAGGUGACCGUGAAUUUUUGGGACGAAAAUGAAACUAUGAAACUUUUUUUGGUUGUUGUUGUAAAUCUAACAAAUAAAACAGAACAAAAAAAUUAUGGACCCCCAUUUAUAUAUAAAUAUUGUUGCGUAUGUACUUUAAUUUGUGGAACAAAUUUUUGGUAUUGUAGUGAAACUCUAAACAAAUAUUCCACUAUUUUUCCAAACGAAUAUUCGGAAAUUUA